AUGAAUUACUAUCGCGGUGAUUACUAUGAUGGAGCCACAAGCUCAUUGCAACAUGAAGCUGUGAAAAUCUACCAGGAAAUCUUGGCACGAUAUACAACCUAUAACAUCUACAGCGAGACAACGCUUUUCCCUCUUGUUUGCUAUAUUCUCUCGGAUAUUCUAUUCUGGUCAACAUUGUUCACUUCUGUAGUGGCCUUUUACUACGCGCACAAGGCUAUCGUACGUCCUGAGGAGAUCAAUUAUAUUCCAUAUGUGUGGUCAUUCCUAAGAGUGCAGCUAUUUCCUAUACUCUUCACUUUAAUCGACACUCUUCUUGCUGUAUUUACGAAAAAACUUUGUAAAUCUGCAUUCCGUGCUAAACUUGUCAAACCACUUAAGGUUCCCAUCUACGUCCAGCUAGGAGCCACAGCUAUCAUAAGAUUAGCUGCAUGUCUUGUGGUCGUAACUCUUGCCACUCAAAUCUUAGCUUCAUUUGUUGUGUUCUGUAGGCGACGUGACGAAUAUACUAAAUCAUCACCAUACGAUCAGGUUCGAGACGGCAAAUGGCGAUUAUUCUGGCUCAUUCUUUUUCAAAUCGCUAUUCAUAUUCUUACUGUGCCUUACAUAAUUGAAACUUGA